UAUUAAAUUAUCUCAGUCAGCCUUAGGCAGUCAUGGAAGACGGUAAUUCAUGAUCAUCUUCCGAUGCUGGCCAGCCUCCUGGCUCCCACAUUCAUGGCCAUGGGGGAGGCAGAAGAUGUCGUAAAAAGGAGGAGAUAGUAACAAGAAAGCUUGCACUAGGCCCUGAUGAUGUAGAUUAUUUACAGUAAUCAACUUCUGGUGCUGUGAGAAAGCCCAAGAGAUGCCGUAAACACCCUCCUGCCUCUCAAGGUCACGAGCGCACUGAAGAAUGUCAAGUACCAAUGUGUGCUGUACUUUGUUUCACUGAGUAUCACACACUGAAACAAUACUGAAUAACACCAUGCUGCAAACUGUAAAUAGUUUCGGAUAAAGGGAGAAAAAAUCAAACAUGAUUCGGAAGUGCAGUAUGAUAUCUUUGCCACCCUCCUGGCUCCCCUGUCACUGGCCCCCACUUCCCAAAGAACUUCAGCCAGCCAUCACUGCCACACAAUGUAAUUUUUUUUCAUUUUUUGUUUCCCUUUUCAGUGCUCUACUUGUCUCCUUUGAGUUUCAUAAGAUCAAAGAUAGUUUUCAAGCAAGUUGAUUUUUUGCGCACCCUGCAGCUGUCCUGAAAUCAUAAUUGCGCAGUUUAAGGGUUAACACACUCUGGCUACAAGGGCAACUUUACAAGUCUUCAAAUCGUUACAAUUAUGUACAAAAUACUCAGGACUGUUGUUGGUCUGUCGUGUCAAGUUUCUUUUAUCCUCAAAGCAGCAGGGCUUACUAUGAGCCGCCCAUCAGUCGUUAAUAUCAUUCAUCAGAAUAGAGCAUCGCCGUCGCGUCUCAAUUACGUACUACUUCAGCAUCCUGCUGGGUGUGGCCCGUGGGUUGCCUGUUGCUGCCUGUUGUGUCAUUACUGGGCACUCUAGUCUGGGGUCUCAAUCUGGCGCCAGGCAGUGCUUGAUAGGAAAUGAGUGUAGAUGCACACCCGCGCGCACACACACACACACACACACACAGAUUCUUGUGCUGCUACCGUCCCAGAGAAUGGUGUCACCCUUAUCGCACCACGGAUUACAUAAUAAAUAUGUUCCAGUUAUUGCGUAUUGUAUAGUGUAGUGAUACAAGAAUUCUUCUGUGUUGCACCAUACACCCUGCCGCUGCGGCGCUGCCAGUCAUCCUCCCCCUUAACGGGUCCUUGCAACAAACACCACGGUCGACUCGCAAGAUGGUUCCUAACAGUUGAGCAGUUCCAGGCAGAGAUAAAAUAUUUACCUGGACGUGCUAAUCUCGUCGCAGAUGCUCUUUCUCGUAACGUGACGUCACACAGACCGGCGCCCGCACCCAGCCACGGCGUCCAGCCCACCUGACUACUUGAAGGAAUUGUUGCAAGCAAUCAUGACAGAACAAGCUACAGAGGAGCUGGUCAAGGGUGUGUUGGAAGGCGAUGAGGCACUGGUGAGGUCUGCUCUUGCUGGGGGUGCCCGCCCUGAUGUCACCCUCCCCACUAAUGCUGGGUCGUCAGGUGUCUGGUGUGUGCGGCUGCCAGCGAGGGCCACGACCACCUGCUGCCUCACCUACUUCAGGCAGGGCUGAGCAUAGAAGGUGGAGGCACCACUGACCAGACACCGCUGAUGGUGGCUGCCAUGAAGGGCCACACACAGACAGUGAAGGCGCUGCUCUCUCUCGGCGCGAACCCUCUGGCGACUGAGAGGCAAGGAUGGACAGCCCUUCACUUUGCUGCAUGUUGGGGCUGGCAGGAGUGUGUGGCUGCCCUCCUGCCCGUCACCCCCGCCACUGCCACACACCUGGAGGGAGCCACACCGGUGCACCUCGCCAGUUACCAUGGCCAGGUGCAGGUACUGGAGCAGCUGGCGGGGGCUGGCUGGCCCCUCACCGCCAGGGACAGUGGUGGCUGGACACCCCUGCACUGUGCUGCCUGGAGAGGACACGUAUCAGCUGUGCGGUGGCUGGUGCGGCGAGGUGUUGACCCGCGCGUGCAGGACAAGUCUGGUCUCACCCCGCUGGCCCUGGCCGUGCAUCAUGGCCGCCACGAGGUGGAGACCUGGCUGAUCAAGAAUGGCGGCGGUGGCGUGACUGAGGGCAGCGAGGCUCAGCAUGUGUCUGUGAAGGCUGUGAGGGCGUGGCGGCUCUUAUAUGAAAAGCACCACAACACAGUGUUGUCCUGGCUGGUGGAGGGCAACGAGGCAGGCAUGGACAACAUCCCCGAGUCCUUUGACGGUCACGCGGUGAGCAGGGACGGCCUGACGCCCCUACACACCGCAGCGCUGUGUGGGGCUCCCUGUGGUGCUGUGGGGGCUUUGCUGGGACGCGGGGUGAGCCCUCACGUGUCCACCCCAGACAACCAGACCCCAGCCGACCUGGCACAGCAGGAAGGCCAUCGCCCACUGAUUCAGACACUGCACGCCCACCAGUGUCCACAGGACGGCGCGCCCCCCGACCAGCUGUACGAGGAGCUGCUAUCAACAAUCAGUCGCGGGGACCACGUGCAGGAGGUGUCCCGCCUCCUGUGUAGGGGCGCCCCCCUAGAGCCCCGGUGUGGCCGCUCCGCCCUCAGAUUGGCUAUCACCACCGAUCGUGCACGCACAGUCAGCCUGCUGCUGGCAAGCGGCGCCUCACUCUCUGCCAGGUUGCUGCAGGAGGCCUGGUACAGUACCAACGUGACCCCCGCAGUGCUGGCCUCCCUCACCACUGCCUACUGCUGCCGGCUGCACGCGGAGCAGCGUCGUCUGGUACAGGUGAGCGACGUCCUUGUGAAAGGCAUCAGCAAUCUGUUGGAAGACAUUGAGGGGGAUACUCCGUGGCGGACUACAUGGCGAGGGGGCAAUGACACUGACCGAGCGGCUCUCAGUAACCUGCUGGCAAAGGCCGCAGCCGCCAAUUGCCCACUGACUGCAUCAUUCCUACACAGUGCAGGAGCGUGGCCUUUUUUUAGCCCAGCCUCAGGUAGCAGUGCCCUGCACGCCGCGCUGGACGCCGGCCACCAGGAUAUGGCCGAGUUGCUAGUCAGGGACCUCGGGGCCUGCCCCUACGUGCCGGACUCCGGCGGUCGCCUUCCCCUCCACAUAAUGACCGACAAAGAGCAGCAGCAGCUGGAGCAGAGGCUCUUCGAGGAAGAGCGGGAGAAGCUGAGGAAUCUUGAGCUUCGCCAGAAAGCAGAUCGCGAGAAGGCGGCGGCACGGACCGCGCUGGACGUACAGGGAGUUCUUUUCAACCUCCACAAGAAGGGCGAUGUUCAGACUGUAUCCGCAGAUGAUGGCCGCGCCUGUCUGCUGUUGGCUGUGCGCAAAGGUCUGCUGCAGCUGACUUAUCUGCUGCUGCAGGAGGGUCGCCGCCCAGUGGACGGUGUGCUGGACAAAGCAUGCGGCACCACAGCCAUUCAUGAAGCGGCCUCACACGGUGAGGACGGCUGCGUGGCGCUGCUGGUGAGCGCCGGCGCUAAACUUCAACAGCGCGACACCUAUGGUCAGACGCCCCGACACCUGGCCGCCAUGUUUGGCCACACAAGCACUUCUGACUUACUGGCCCGACAAGCUGUGCAGGACCCUCCUUGUCGCGCGGGCACCACUGCUAAGGAAGUGAUGCGAGGAUUUGAGGCAUAUCUGCAGCUUUAUGAAAAAUAUGACGGUGAGCCUCUGACGCCAUCUGAACGUCGUAAUUCAGACAGCGUCACGAGAGAACUUAUGAAGCAGAUAGAGGUUGGGAAGCUGCAGCAGGAGGCUCAACGAGUGGCGGUUGACUUGUCACGAGGCGAGGCCCUUCAAAUAUAUGAGGUGGUGAUGGCGGAACUGAAAGCCAUCAUAGAUAAGGUGUCAGCCGCGUAUCCCACCUACCACGGCGACCUGAGACUGGUGGGCAGCUCUCGGGACGGCUCCAAGUUGUACGCCCCCGACGAAUUUGAUGUAAAUAUCGUUGUUCACGAGGACGGCGUGGGAGUAAAUGUUAGUGAGAGAAGGGAGGAAGAAGCCCUGCUGAAGGGCAGGUUAGAGAUAUCUGUAGAGACCAACAACCCACACCUUCAGGGAAAUAAUUUCAUGACCAGUCUGUACGAGGAGGUGCACCGCUGCCUCACUGGCCACACCCUGCUGGACAAAAGACUGAGCCUGGUGCCGCCGGGCCUGAUCAGCACGCAGGUGGGCGUGGCUCUCGCCCUGGCCUGGCAGGGACAAGAGUACCCUCUGCUGUUGGUCGGCGUGGACCUGGUGCCGGUGCUGGAGGUGCCGUGGCCGGGAAAAAUUCCCAGACCCUUCCUCACUCCCGCGGACACCACCACCAUACAGCUCAGUAAUGCCGCGGACGCCACAUGGCGCUGCAGCUUUGCCUUGGCAGAGGCAAAGGUGCUGGAGACGUUGAGCCCUGUAGAGCGCCAGGCACAGCUGAUGGGAAAGGUAAUUCUGUCUCGCCUGAAGGCCGAGCCCUGGAUGCCACGUCACAAGAAGAGCUUCUGCACCUGGUUUGACACACGUGAGUGGAACAUCCCGGUGCCGAGCGGAUUCUGCUUCAAGAACGCAUUCCUGCGGUGGCUGGAGCAUAAGAGGUGUGAGGAAAAGGACCUUGGCAGGCAGCUGGGAACGGGACGCAAAGAGGAUCUAGCGAGGCACCGGGGAGAGGGAGGCAAAGAGGAUCCCACCAGGGAGCUUGAGGCAGAGCGGGAAGAGGACCCAAUCAGAUGGGUGGUGGAGGUGUUCAGGCUGAUGUGUGCAAACCCAGAGGAAUCACGAGAGCACCUGGCAACUCUAAACAGCCCCGCCUACUUCGGAGGGGACUGUGAGGGCCGCAAACCUGGAGACGGGGCGCCCAUCGUUGUGCAGUGUCUGGAGGAGAACUUGGAAAAUUUGUGGUCAGGCUUGGCUGACCAGCGAGAUCUGAGCCAAGACAGCCAGGAAGCGAUGAGGAACAUAAUGCUGGGGCUAGACCUCUGGAUACUGAUGAUGCAGCUCCACGGUGACGAUCAGCAGUGAUUCACACCACCCUCUGUAAACUACUCCUUACCCCCUCCAGCACAAAACACACAGAUAGAUAGAUUGUUUAUAGGCAACAGCAGUGCAAUGAUUGCAUAUUACUUGUUACUUAUUUUCCUGUUACCUAAUUACAUUUAUGAAUGAGACGUUGUCAAUCAUUCCAGUGGCACGUGCAGUCCAACAUGAUGAUAACACUAACAUUUUAUUGAUUAUCUUGUACACCUAACCUGCUGCAAACAUUUGUAUUUGAUAUCAUGUUGCUACGUGUUGACAAGUAAACAGACAGAAUAUCAUGUAUUUCUUGACAUGUUUCACCCAUUGACAGCUUAUCGGAAAACACCUGUUCUAUUGUCACAAGCCCGUGAUUGUCUCCAAUGUGUUGAGUCACUGGGCAGUCCUGGAGGACGUGUCUCUGUCUCUCUGUUUGAAUAAAUAACCUUUUAUUCA